AUGCAAAAUCAGACCAUAAUAAGAGAAUUUAUACUCCUGGGACUUUCAAGUGAUCCACAAGUACAGAUUUUUCUCUUCUUUGUAUUUCUCAUAAUAUAUGCCACCACAUUAUUAGGAAACUCUGUGAUCAUAUUGCUAAUCAGAACUGAGCCUGGCCUUCAAACUCCCAUGUUCUUCUUUCUCAGCCAUCUAGCCUUCGCUGACAUUUGCUACUCAUCUGUCACUGUCCCAAAGAUGCUGGAAAACUUUGUAGCAAAACAGAAAACCAUUUCUGUGGUGGGAUGCUUUGCACAGAUCUUUUUCUUUCUCCAUUUUGGUUCUGCUGAAGUAUUUCUACUUUCAGUAAUGGCGUAUGAUCGAUAUGUCGCUAUAUUUAACCCACUACAUUAUUCAACUGUUAUGAAAAAACAAAUGUGCAGACACAUGGUGGGUGCAGCCUGGGUAAUGAGUGUCUUGGAUGCAGUGGUCAAUGCAGUGCCUUUAAAAGAUUUGACCUUUUGCAGAUCCAAUACCAUCGGCCAUUACACCUGUGACAUCCCUUCAGUUAUGAGACUGUCUUGCAAUGAACAUUUCACAAAUUACAUCUUGAUUCUUGCCUCUAGUAUUCUCUUUGGUUUAGCAACUUUCCUCCUUACCCUUGUCUCUUACAUUUAUAUCAUUUCAACCAUCCUGAAGAUUCACUCAGCUGAAGGGAGGAGCAAAGCCUUCUCUACUUGCAGCUCCCACCUCAUUGUGGUGUGCUUGUUUUAUCUUUCAGCUUUUAUCCGAUACAUGAAGCCAAAUUCUAAAUCUUUUAAACAUCUGGACAGUGUGGUAUCAAUCCAGUACAGUGUUAUAACCCCCAUGUUAAACCCCAUCAUAUACAGUUUAAAAAACAAGGAAAUAAAAAAUAUUAUUUGGAAAAAGUUUCAAAAAUCUGAAUAA